ACAAAUCCUUAUCCCUUUACAACGCCCUCGAAGCCACAGCCACAACCUCACAAAUCACAUUUCAUUUCGUCCCCAAGCAGAGAGACGAAAAGGGUAGCCAUGGCAACUCUUCAUUUUGUUCCAUCCGCUUUCUCUCCACUAAAACAAAAGCAACCCACAAAGCUUUCCUCUGUUUUCAAGCUCAGACCCACAACCCAGAUCGGCUUACGGCGGCGGUUGCUCGUCCGAUCGUACAAAGUGGUGAUUGAGCACGAGGGGCAGAGCACCGAGCUGGAGGUUGAAGACGACGAGAGCAUAUUGAGCAGCGCAUUGGAUUCUGGCUUGUCCGUGCCCCACGAUUGCAAGCUUGGUGUGUGCAUGACUUGCCCUGCUCGCCUUGUCAGCGGCGCCGUCGAUCAGAGCGAAGGAAUGCUCAGCGAUGAUGUUGUGGAGCGCGGCUAUGCGCUUCUCUGUGUGGCUUAUCCCCGCUCCGACUGCCACAUUAAGACCAUCCCUGAGGAGGAGUUACUGGCCCUUCAAUUAGCCACAGCUAAUGACUGAAAAUCUCAGUUCUUCCUUACUUACUUCCUUCGUUUUGGAUGAUUUUGUAGAUUUAGUCUUGCUUUAAACUUUAUGGAAACAACCCAUUCUGGAAUGUUGUUCUCUUCAUACGUUAUUCCAGAAUUCCUGUCAGUUGUAACUUGUAAGAAGCAAGGGGCUGAUUUAAGCGGCCUAAUGAAAAUCGAGGAAUUAAUUGUCAAAUGAUGCAUAUUGUUCAAAGAUGCAACCCAUUUCUCCAUCCAAAGAUUCCAAUUGUUGAAAAUUUAA